UCCUCAUGGCUGUCGUUGACAGCAGUUGCAAGUACGUGCUUGUUCAUGUGGGGGCUGAAGGUCGCGUGAGCGACGGAGGCGUAUUUAAACACUCUGCAUUUGGCAAGGCCCUUGUCAAUGGAGACCUCAAUAUACCCUCACUUGGCCUGCUCCCAGGAACUACAACAGCUUUACCCCACGUCUUCGUUGGGGAUGAAGCUUUUCAGUUAAGAAAAGACUUUAUGCGCCCAUUUCCUUCCAAGCAACUUGAGGAUGAAAGAAGAGUCUUCAACUACAGGUUGAGCCGAGCAAGACGGUGUGCUGAAAACGCGUUCGGGAUCACAGCAGCAAGGUGGCGUAUCCUACUGCGGACCAUUAACUUGCUCCCCACAAACGUGGACUUUGUUGUCAAGGCUGCCUGUGUCUUGCACAACUUCCUAACUGUCCUCAAUCCACAGUCGGACAAUUACAGUGAUCAAGAGGACAAGUUUGGAAACUUUGUAGCAGGACGCUGGCGCGAAAGCAUCCAAGCUGCGUUGGGAGACGACAGAAUGCAGCAGUUUACCCCCCUUCAGUCAACACGAUCAAGAAACUACGACAGUGAAGCUGCACAUGCCAGGAACCUCUUUGCAGCCUAUUUUUGCAGCAAAGUAGGUGAGGUUCCAUGGCAGUGGCACCAACCAGGUGUUUCCAAAGAAGGCGCUUUGAAGCGUCUACGUGAGCAGCAGUUCUACCAGCUGCAAUGAUGGCGUGCCGGACGACGUUACUGAAGAUGCCUGUGCACGAGGUGCAGGCGUUGCCGCUGGCGGCACCGACACCUCUGUUACCACCACAUCCUCCGCCUCCUUCUCCUGCUCCUCCAACUCGUACACGUGCACGUACUCCUCAUUGGCAAAGUGGCACAUGUCGUCAAAGAGCUCUGCAGCAGUGGGCCCUUCCUCCAGGUUGUUAUGGCUUGCUCCGACAGGUUCCUCCUGCUGGCUCAGCAUUUGGAAGUUCCCUGAUGUGCUGAUACAUUUGAAGAAAGAAAUGUUCAUUGUAGAUACUUUUGGCUGUAAAUAUUUCAAA